AUCAGAUGGGAGAGCCGCCACAGAAUACAUUCGAGUACACAAAAGAGGACCCACCACCACCACCACCGUCGUCAUCUUCCUCAUCUCCGCCGCCGUCGUGCGUCUCCGACGAGAGCGAGGAGCUGCAAUGCCUGGAGCACGCGCCGCCGUUCUGGAGGAGCCUCCAGAGCAACAAGAAGAAGAUACUGUCGAAGCAGUUGUCGAUGUGCGAGGUCCCCCGCAACAUAGCGUGGGAGAGGCGGCGCCGCCAGUUCCUCCAGCAGGAGCGGCGGAGGAACAACCCGGGCGGUGAUCUGACCGACGAGGAUCUGAACGAGCUCAAGGGCUGCAUUGAGUUGGGGUUCGGAUUCAACGAAGAGAACGGGCAGCGGCUCUGCCCGACUAUUCCUGCUCUCGAUCUUUAUUUCGCCGUGAAUCGACAGCUGUCGAUUAGCCCUAUCUCUAGCCCCGCCAGCAGCGGCGGCGGCGGCUCUGCGCGGUCCAUCGGCACCUCCACCACGUUGAGUCUCGGUGGACGAUCCAACUCUUUUGGUAGCCCUAUGAGCGAUUCCGAUUCUUGGAAGAUUUUCAGCCGAGGAGACGAUCCUCAACAAGUGAAGACAAAGUUGAGGCAUUGGGCGCAAGCAGUCGCAUGUUCCGUGCUGCAGUCUCCUUUAAGGAGUGGGAUGGAUUUUAUGGCAGAGAAAGAGAAAGAGUAAUUAGACAUAGAGAGAGAAAGAGAGAUAUACAUAUAGGGGGAGAGAGAGAGAUAAAGAAGACGAUCAUGAAAACGAAAUCCCGCUCGAUCGAAACUAUACGUACUCUACCUAAAGACGGAGGAAAUAUUAAUGCAUGGCUCUUCCAGCUGGUUGAAGAAUAGAUCAAUUUCUGAUUAAUUAAGAGGGACAUUUUUGGAACAUUAAUUAGAUAUGUAGGUUCUUGAUU